GUUGUUCCGCGAUGAAAGGCUUCUAUGCGGUCACCCGCGGAUACCGCGUACCGGUGGUAUGAUUACGUGUGCUCAUCGCUCGCAGGUCGUUCGGGAGGCCCUCUUGUGAUGGAUCAUCAAGCGUUUCCGAAUUUUGAAGACACAUCUCGGAGGAACGAGGAAUAGGGAAAAGGAAACCAUAAGAACUACGGCUCCGAGACCAGUCCCUGAAAUUUACCUUCGGAUUUGGGGAAAGUUCGGAAUUCGUACCGUGAAACACUACUAAAAUUGUCAGAGUAGAAAGAGGAAACCCGAUCGAAUCGCCUUCCGCCAAAAAUUCACGAGUCGUCGUUCUUUGGUUCUGCGAAUUCUUUGUUUGAUAUCCCGUCUUGUUCGAGUCCACGACCCUCCCGAUCCUGAUCUUAUUGUGGCGCGGGAUUCAAAAAUGGGUUUACUGGGGCAAAGGGCGGUCUCCAAUCCCUCGGCCGUGCUUUCAGCGCUGGUAAGCAAGAGGGACAAUCUCCAGGACGAGCUCCGGGUCAUCGAGAGACAAAUCUAUGACCUAGAAACUACAUAUUUACAAGACUCAAAUCAGAAUGGAAGUGUGCUGAAAGGUUUUGAAGGUUUCUUGUCAUCAUCAAAGAGUACUUCUAACCUGAAGCGUUCCAGAAGGUUUCAGCCUGAAGACAGGCUAUUCUCCUUGUCAUCAAUUACCUCCCCAGUGGUUGAAGAACAUGUUGCUGGUCGGGACGAGGGAAGGUCUGAAUAUGGUCCAGGUCGAUCACGGGGUGGAGGAACUCCUGCAAAUGGACAAGGAAAGCCAAAGAAGGGGGGAAGAAUCGCUUUGAGAGAGGGGAAAAGGCUACGACCAUCAAUUGAACAGGAAUUGGAUGAUGAAGAAGACCUUGAUAUAGUCUGAGAUGGUUGUUAUGCUUGGUAAUAUAUAUAUAUAUAUAU